AUGUCGCUGAUGGCACUACUUCACCGCCAACAUAGGCUGUCCAAUGAGCGUGUGGGCGCUGAGUACUUGCAUGGAGCCUAUGAACAUCACCACCUGUCGACCAACACGAACAGAAUGCUGGUCGACGUGGUGGAAGUUGUUCGGAACUUCAUCGGAACCAUACCCCGGGAGCUAACCCGACCACAAAUGGAUGACUUCUGUCGUGUCUUCUACCAUUCCUUGCAUGCCAGUCACGACCUCCGUUUCCGACUGAUGCUCCUUUUCAGGGGCAGUCUCCCGCGUCCCUCAGUCGGUGAAAGUGAGAUGUUCCUUUGCCAUUUGGUGAGGGAACUUGCAGGCGAAGACAUUUCAAAUCCGACAGAUAUGAAUCGCAUCCAGAACGAGAUCGAAGACUUCUAUGCAAAGCUACCAUUCAAUCUGGAUCAGCAGUUAAUGAACCAAUUGAAAUUCAAAUGGAAUAUUGACGAUCUGCGUCCGGAUUUUCCAAUGAUAAUGGGUCGAUUUCAAGGCUACAUGAUGAACAUGAUUGUUGACUUCUACAACCUUCCGGUAGAAAACGCGUGCCGACAACUUCAACAGAGCUUGAAGGAUCUGAGAGCCACCGUUUUCCUGGACGAUGGGGCCAGUGGCAUGGUACCCCUCGAAGAUGUACCAAUUUUUUGUGAACAGCUUGCGAGAAAUGAAGAGGUCUUUGAUCAGGCCAGAGCCCGAAAUUUCCACGCAGAGCAAAUCCUGGUUGCCUUGGAAGCUUCAUGGGGCCAAGCUAGUCUCUCAGGCGCGGCACGUCACGAUUUGAACGAGCCAAGUAUCGAGUAA